UCGUGUCCCACCCUGCCUGACUUCUCCCCUUCGAACACAUGCUGUGUGCAGGGUUGGGGAUUAGGAUCUACUGCCAAUCGGUCUGCUUUGGGUACAACCAAAAUACAUGAAGGAAGACAUCUCCACUUAUCUUGACAUUCUUCUCACCGUCCACUUCAGUCCAAGCGUCCUCUUAGCAACAGGGAGGAGAGACUCAGCACCCAAUGCCCAGAAUGUCCACCGCCUGGUGGCAGCCAGAGGGGCCAGGCUGCUCCUCCUGGGCCCCCGAGCGCAUGUGAAUUGUGAUUGGCCCGUGGCCAGGGCUCAUUAGCAUACUGUACCCUGACCUGGAAUAGCGCACCGUGUCUGCUCAGAAAAUGACCCGCGUCUGCUGGGACCUGCGGCACCGAUGAGGUUUGAUGAGGUUUGUCUGCAUCUGGAUGAGGAAUUGAAAGCCAGUUUUCAGGUCUGAACGGCUGGAGUAGACUGAGCCACCAUAUCCAGAGCCUCCAAGAGCAAAACUCCCAAGCCCACCUCAGCGAGCCUGGGUGACCUGGCCUCAUCAUGGAGCCCAGUGACUUCGACUCUGAAGACAAAGAGCUGCUGAGCUGGGACAUCAAUGACAUGAAGCUGCCCCAGAACGUGAAGAAGACCGACUGGUUCCAGGAGUGGCCAGAUUCCUACGUGAAGCACAUCUACAGCUCGGAGGACAGGAGUGCACAGCGCCACCUGAGCAGCUGGGCCAUGCGCAACACCAACAACCACAACUCACGCAUCCUCAAGAAGUCCUGCCUGGGUGUGGUGGUCUGCGGUCGCGACUGCUCCACCAAGGACGGGCGCAAGAUCUACCUGCGGCCCGCCAUCUGCGACAAAGCCCGACAGAAGCAGCAGCGGAAAUGCUGUCCCAACUGCAGCGGGCCCCUGAAGCUCGUUCCCUGCCGAGGACACGGCGGCUUCCCAGUCACCAAUUUCUGGAGGCACGACGGACGCUUCAUAUUUUUCCAGUCAAAGGGACAGCAUGAUCAUCCGAGGCCAGAGACCAAGUUAGAAGCGGAGGCAAGGAGAGCAGUAAAGAAAGCACAUACAGCAUCCCCCUCUGUCUCCUUAAAGCGGAAGGGGAGCCCGGAGACCAAGGCUCCUCCAAGCAAAAGGCCAAAUCAGGGAAGUUUACCUUUAACUUGGUCAUUCCAGGAAGGUGUCCACUUGCCCGGUAGUCACAGUGGACAUUUAAUAGCUAAUGCUCCCCAGCAGAACCCACUGAAUGAUUGCUUACCCUUCUCUAAGAGCUAUGGGCCAGGGGGACCCAUAGAUACUACGGAUCUGAUGAGUCUGCCAUCCACGUUGGACUCCACUAAGCUCUAUGAAAAAUGCAAGCUGUCUGACGGUCGAAUUCACAGCAGUGGAGACCUUUUUCAGCCUUCAGCCCCUGGAGUCUACUCAGAUUAUGACGAUCUGCAAACAUGGAGUAAAAACUCUGCUCUGGGGAGAAAUUCUCUUAAUGAUAGCUGCUGCCCCAGUUAUCCUUUUCCUCUGACCAACUGGCCCUGUGACUUCUUUCCUUCCCAGAACUCUUUGGAACCUUUGCCCCAGCAGAUUCCUUUGGAGCCACCUGCACCCAAGGCCAGUUGCCACCCUUUGUGGCCAAAUCCAGGGGGUGAUGUUUACGAGGAGAAAAUACCUGUGGAUUUCAACAGCUACGUGCCUUCUCUCUCAUACCCUGCACCUCAGGAGGACCCCUUCCUGCUCACCUAUACCUCUCAUCCUCACCAGCAAUACUCACUGCCAGGCAAGAGUGGCCGAUGGGAUUUUGACGAAGAAAUGACAUGCAUGAGUUUGGAUCACUGCAACAGUGAAAUGCUUCUAAAUCUCUGUCCUUUGAGAUGACUGAUGACUGAGAUCUUCCAUAGGCCACCCUGUACACUGAAAAAAAGCUACUUUUGGAAAUGGCUAGAAGAAUUUCUCAUUUUUAAGAUAUGACUGCAGGUAAAUGGGACUCAACAAGCAAUAAACAAGACUUCUUUGUUCCUGCAAGAAAUCUUUUUGCCUCCUAGUACUCAUCCUCGGCCAGGAACGGACAUUCAACUGAUGUACUGUGUCAAAUGCCCCCUGGUUUCCCUCCACAUCAUUCUGGGCCUUUGGCAUCUCAGUGAAUUAUCCUUUGGGUUUUCAUUGUUGCUAACACAUAUCAAAUGGACAAAGAUGGGAAAAGUCUACCUUCUUAGGAUCUCAUAUGUGCCUCCUUGGGAACUGAAAAUGAAGGAUCAGACUCUCUUAGUUACUUUCUUGUCACUGAAAGAAACACAAUACCCAACACCCACAACUUAAGGGAAGAGAAGUUUGCUUUGGCUGACAUUUCAAUCUGUGGACUGCUCUAAGGCAGAAACAGCAUGACAGCAUGAAAGAGGGCCGUGGAGGAGGAGAAGCUUCUCAUGUCAUGAUGGUGGAGAAGCAGAGAAAAUCAUGGGAAGAGCUGGGAUGAGUACACUCCUCUAAGUCAUGCCCACUGUGACCACCUCUUCUGAGCAGACUGUGUCUCUUAAUAGCAAGUCAGCUAUAAAGCCCCCAUAAUCCAGUCACCUCCCAAAAGCCUCCCUCAUGAUAGCAUGAGCUUCUUGGAAAGCAAACUCACAGCUGUGAACCCCUGUAAAUAUCAAAAAGAAGUCAAAUACUUCCAGCAUACAAGGCAUAGUGUAAAUAUUCCCAUUCUAAAGAGAAGGAACGAGAGGACAGAAACCAAUGGGACCAGAGCAAGAUUGAAACUCAGCAAAGCAAGCAUUAAAUCCUGUAGCUCCAAGUCCAAGUUGUGGCAAUGGGAUGUGAACUCCGAAGGGCUUGAGUGAUGCCAUUCCUAAGUUGGUGGUUGUAACUCUCACUGCUUCUCUGUUGAGCUGGCUUUGCUUAGUCCUCACAGCUGUCCUUAGCAGACGUGCCACACUCCUGGCUUCUCCAAACUUCUGGGGCUCCUCUGCACCUUUGGCUUCACACUCACAGCUUCACACACUCCCCUCUCAGGGGCCCCCUGCCUGGGCUCCCAGGCCUUCUGCUGAAGUCUGGGUGGAAGCCUUCCUGACUUCAUAAUUCUUGCAUUUUUCAUGGCUGUAAAAACCAAGACCACAGGGACAAUGCCAAGGCCUGCUGCCAGCUGGAACAGUAGCCAGGCCCCUUGAAUUACGGUUGUAUAGGUCUCUGAGUGCCUGGGUGACCGAACAGUAUGAGCCAUUUCCCAGGAAUCUGAUCCUUAGGCAGCCAUUCUGGAGCACUGUGCCCUGGGACAUUCUUCUCAAAGCAGUCUUUUACUUUGUCAAUUUUAAGCCUGCAGUGGAUAGGGCCUUGCCUGUUCCUCACAUGCUCUCUACUGAUCUUAUCGUCCUGCUGUAAAGUACUUGGCUUAUCUUUUUGUUUUUUAAUUAGAACAUGUUUGUAGUACAUGCAGUUUACAGUUAUCUUGGGGAAUAGGUACAUGUUCAUAAUAUAACUUGCUUAUGUUUUUAAUCCCUUUCCCCUUCUCCUUUCCCUCCCUCCCUCACUCCUCUUCUAGUCCCCUCUCCCC